GUGCCAAAGCUUACCGGAAUGCAAACCAGGACUGCCUCCUAAACCCCCAUCACUAGCCGCUGGCUAUUAUUACAGAGACUCUUGGAGGUCUAGAGUGUGCCGAGAGAAGUCGUUCAAUAUCCCGCAGAUCCUUAUGUGUCUCCGGAACAAGAGUCUGUACUUUUACGGUGACUCCACGCUCAGGCAGUGGCUGGAAUUUUUAGUUGGCAAUCUGGGUCCCACCAUGAAACUACAGCGGGCGGGUAAAUCAGCUAAGGUUAUCGGCCCGCUGUACGGCGUCGACACGGUGCAUAACAUCACGCUGACGUUUCGCCAUCACGACUUCCCCAUCCGCAACAACUGGCUCAACUUCCACGACGUCAAGUUCACGGUGAACGAACUAGAUGGGCUGCCAGGAGGGCCCAGCACGGUAGUGGUGUUGAACUUCUGGGCACACUUCACCACGAACAGCGUGAAUUACUUUGCUUCGAGGAUGGGGCACAUCCAAGCGGCCGUGCGGCGACUGCAGCUGCGCGGACCCAGUCCUAGCCCAGUUUUCUUCAAGUCGGCCAACACCAGAGCCGACGGGUCCAAGGGAUUAUUCCUGGCCGACGCCUACGUCCACGAGCUUGAUCGGGUCAUGCGAACAAUAUUCAGUGGUAUGCCGAAUGUGACUAUUAUCGAUGCCUGGGACAUGACUCUUAGUCACAGAUCGGGUUAUCGACUACACCCUGUGCGUAGCGUGGUACGAGAAGAAAUCAAGAUGCUCCUAAAUUUUCUCUGCUGAAACCUCACAAGUCUACGAGAGAAUUAAUUCCAAAGUUAGAUCACGUGCUAUUCAAUGGAACGGCGAACAAGCAGCUGGUGAAAUCUCAAAUUUUGCUAAUGAUGCACCAGGCAUCGCGCAAUAUUGACAGAAAUCGAACAUGUAUUUUCAUCCGAAUUAGGGUGUUAAUAGG